AAUUAUCAGACAUGAAGUUGGGAAAAUUCAUCUCCCACAGUUUGAUACAUUACUUGAAUAAUUUUAAAAAGAUGAAAAUUCUUAGUACCUGUUUACAAUUCUUGUUACCAUUUCCUAAAAUAUGUAGAAAAUGAUUUAGCCAGUAGCCUGCGAUAGCAAUAUGAAUAGUUUUUCAUUCUGUGAUAACCGAAGAAGAAGCUCGAGACAUCUGCUGGAUUCACCAAUGAAGCGUUUUCGUUUUCUCGAUCAAAAAAAUGAAGUAAUCGACGAUAAUUACGAGUAGGUACAACGAAAAUUCUCCAUCAGGUUAUCAGUAUAUAGACAGGUGAACUCUGACCCAAAAUAAAAUUAUCUGCUCAUUAUCUCUACACAAAAGCUUCUUCUGUGUCUGACUAUAUCAUCACACUUGACUAUCACGCUCUCGAAAUGUUCUCAUUUGGUGCUAAUUUUCCGUAAAAGUUGUUCAUCUCUCGUACUUGGUAAAAUGAUAGAUAUCGAAUUUCUAUCAUGGAAAGAUUUCACAGCAGGAUGGGUUUCAGGAAUAUGCAGCACAGCAGUAGGGUAUCCGAUGGAGACGAUAAAAGUACGACAGCAAAUGACUCCAAAUUUCGGAUCAGCUUUCAAUCAAGCAGUAAAAAUGGUAAAACGUGAAGGAAUGCCUUGCUUUUUCAAAGGUCUCAGUUACCCAUUAUGGACAACCGGAGUAUUGAACUCGUUAUAUUUUGGAUUCUACGGCAAUUCUUUAAGAAUGAUCGAAGAAAUGAAAGGCCAAUCUCAUCAUCGAAAUUGUUGCGAGUAUGGGACAAUUUACAAAGGCUGGCAUUUUGAUUGUUUCGUGGCUGGAUGUAUAGGCGGAACUGUCGCAACGUUAGUUAACACGCCGAUUGAAUUGGUUAAAACAAUUUUGCAGGCUGAUUCUAGUGUGACGAAAAUCAAUACUAAGAAAUUGACACCGAAUGCUUGUCUAAAGAAGUUAUUCAAGACGAAUGGUGUACGAGGGUGUUAUCACGGUGGCCUUAUAUUAUUAUAUAGAGAUGUUCCUACUUACGGUUUAUAUGCAGUGAUUUAUGAACAUAUCGCUUGUAUGUUAAAAACUCGAGAUAGAUCGAAGGAUCGAUUCACUCAUAUUCUAUACGAAGGUGUUGCUGGUGGAUUAUCAGGAGUAAUAACGUGGAUUUUGGCAUAUCCCGUGGACGUAAUAAAAAGCCGAUUCAUGUCAGACUGCUACAAUAAAAACCGAAGGUAUUCCGGUAUUACAGACUGUAUCGUAAAGACUUACAAGCAAUAUGGAAUUAGAGCUUAUUACAAAGGUAUUUGGAUAGCGAUUGUUCGAGCAUUUCCGGUCAAUUUAAUUUGUUUCGUCACUUACGAGCAAACGUUAAGACUUUGUGCGUAUUUUUAAAGCACGAAAUUGUAAUGUACGCAUACCUACCAAAGUAUACAUUACAUAAUACGUAUUUAAACGAGGAGGGAAAAAAAUCAAUAUUUGGAGUUUUAUUUCUUCGAGUACCACGCGAGUACUUCUAGAUAGGCCGGAAAUGAAAUUUAAAUAAUUUCCAUCAACACGCGACGUCAUAGUUUAAAAUAAAAAAUAAAAUAUUUUUCAAAAUGUACCUAAAAUUUUACACGAAAUCGCGUCUAUCUGUCGGUGUUACCAUUUGAGAGAUUUUUACAAUAUUGUAAGUAGAAAAAAAUAAGUCGAGAACGAAGGAAAAAAUCAUCAUCAAUUAUAAAGCAACAUAGAUUUAUAUUUUACAAAGACUUGACUGGGUGAAAUUUUCAUUCUCAUAUAUUUCACAUUCGAAUAAAAAAGUAUCCCUUGUAUUUUUUUCGUAACUAUUGUAAGACGAUAAAAAUAAAAACAGUAAUGACAAAAAGAAAAAAAAAACGUAAAUCGUAACAGUAAUAAUAAUAAUAGUUUACAAUAAUGAUAAUGAUGUAAUAACAAUUAAUAUAAAAUAAAAAUAAAUAUUAAUCGUAAAUUCGCCUAAUCGUACGAUUAGCACGUUAUUUUUAAAACAUUAUUUUCAAAGUACAACUACACAGGAGUUUUAACUCUUUCUCGUUACACAUUAAAUUAACUAUUUAACAUAACUAUCACAAGGACGCGUUAUAUACUAAUAAAAAGGGUGAUUAUAAAUUACAUAAAUUUAAACCUUUUUUUUUCCUUUUCGAUAUUUUUCAUGGAUUUUUUUUUACUCAAUUUAUUACAUACUCUCUGAUACACACGUAUAUAAGGUAACAAGUAAUGCAUAUUCUAGAAAUGAACGAUCUACUAGAAAAAAAUUUCCGCUGAAUCUAUAAAUUACACGUAGGUAUAUAUUUUUCAGUACAAUACUUUUUCGGCUCCUUUAAAAUGACCGAAUAAGUAAUAAACGAAAGGGCAACGGUUUAAUUUGUAGAUUUUUUAAACGAGUUGUACAGCAACCAAUGUAUGUAAUUGCCAUUUGCCUACGUUUAUUUUUCUUCUUUUUCGUAUAUACGAACAAAAUUCCGGCCACGUACCUUUUUCGAUUAAUAUGCUUUUGACACAUAGUUCAUUCUUUUUUCUUUUUAGCCCAGUCGCCUUUAACAGGCUAUAAAAUUAGACCAAUAAGUUGGUACUUUCAAUCUCCCCCUGUCUCCUUCCUAACUCGGCAUUUUCCAAUUUCACGACCAAUAACGUUGUAACGAAUGGCAUUAAAUUUUCAUCGGAUUUUUUUUUCACGUCGUAAUAGGCUUUUAUGACAACCUAAUUAAAGAGAAACAUUUUAGUGAAACAUUAUUGAAAAUUUUUACCACCCGGUGUGAAUGAAGCCAUUGAUUGCAAGUUCAAAAACCUUUUCUAGGAACUUUUUUUUAGUACACGCGUUGAUCCAAAUCAUGAAAGUGGGAACAAGUGGGAAAUCGCCGAAAAAAUGAGGCGUUUCCAAACUUGAUUAUUUUUAUAUUGAUAUUCGACGAUGAAUUCCUUUUAUUUAAUAAGUACAUGAAAAUUAAUAAAAAUUGACCAUUUUGAAAAUAGGUACGUAAAAUUAAAAUUAACGAGUUCGAUUUUUCAUUUGAUUCCUCGAAUGAACAUUUUGAAUUCGAAACUGCUAAAAAAAUCCGUCGAAAUCGAUUCAAACAAUUCAUUUUCUCAAAAUCCCUUCUCUUCCAACCCUCCCUGGAAAGGCAUUAAAAGUCAUAGAUUGUUACGGAGUACGACACGACGAGCAAUUUAUCUAUUCAAAAAAAAAAAAAAACACGACAAAAUUACUUUUGAUUUUUUUUUGAAAAA